CUGCCUGCUCGUCUGCUCUCCUCGCCUUCCUUCUCACCACCUGUUCUUCUUCGAGGAUUUUCGAUCAUCUUCUUUCUUCGUCUUUAUUUCUGAUAUUAUAAUUUUAUGUUUUGGCUCUACUGUCCUUGCUAACCGAUUUUCCCGCUUUUUGCAACCGCCUCAUCACGAUCUCUUCACCCGCCGCAAUACCAACCCCGCAAUACGGGGCAUCUCUACCAUGAGCUCUCACGUCGUAGUUCUAGACUCGACGGCUCGAAGGGCGACUAUCAAAACAACCCCUGGCAAGUAUCUGACAGAUAUCUUGCAGGAGGCAUGUGCCAAGCUAGGAGUGGAUGCCAGUCAACACGGAUUGAAGUACAAGAGCAAACAGCUUGAUCUAUCCCUAGCGUUUCGUCUCUCCGGACUCAUACCUGGCGCAAAGUUGGAGCUAGUUCAACUUUCUCGAUCACCCUCCGUUGUGAAUGUAGCCCUACAGCUUCCGCCAUCUGAAGCACGAGGGGCUGUGAAUGGCCGCGUCACGGAUAAAUUCCCGAGUACAACGAGUAUAUGGAUGAUCCUGCGCAAGUUUGAAGCUGGAGUUGCUGGAAGUACAUCGAUUCGAAACCUUACAGGCCGAGGGGUACCUGUUGCUGUUUACGGCAACGCGAAUUCAGGACGAUUGUUUUACGAAACCCCUGUCGUUCAAAUUCUAAAUCGGGAAUUGUCAACCUUGACAGAUCUUGAGAAGUCACUGGCGCAGUUGGGCCUCAAUAGUGGAAAUGUAUUGCUGAGGUUAAGCUUCCGCAAGACAGAUCAGCCACUAGAGGAAGCAAUGAUGAAGAUCCACGAGCACUUUAAAUCGUCCGAGGAUACUACACCAGCAGUAGAACCGUUGAAUGCGUCCACUACACAAGCAGACCAAGAUAGCGAGACCAGCGAGCAAAGCUCCCAGCCACCUGUACCUACACCUGACGCCAGCGUAGACACCCCAGUCACUACAGAACAGCCCCUUUCAGUCACACCUCCUGAUUCUCGCGCCGAAACCCCUGAAACACGGGAAACUUCAUCUCGACCGGUGACUGUGUACGCGCCUCCAUCCAACGACACACCCCAAUCUGCACAGAUUGCCUACAACGAAAACGACUACAUCCCCUCAGUCGAACACGCCCAGUUACACCAGCGGCGGCUCCAAACAGCCUCAAAAAAUACACGCCUCCCCACAGAUGCUGAGAUUGCCGCCGCUGCCGCAGCGGAAGAAGAACGGCGCGCCUUGGUAAAAGAGGUGGAAGUAAAGGUUCGACUUCCUGACCAGAGCCAAAUAGUCUCUAGAUUCGGCCAGCAAGAUACCGGGAAAUCCCUCCAUGAUUUCGUACGGAGCUGUCUGGCAGCCCCAUAUGCCAAAGAGAGAUUCAUUUUGACCAAUUUAACCUCUGGAGUUACAAGCGGACCCGGUCCAAGGGUUCAAAGAGCAGCUCCUGUUAAUCACCUAAUUUCCGACUCAGGCCAAAGCCUCCUAAUCAAAGACCACAACAUGACGGGCAGAGUUCUUGUAAAUUUCUCGUGGGAUGCGAGUGCCUCACCGGCCGCGCGACAAAGCCGCACUGGCAUUCUGAAACCGGAGCUCCAGACCAAAGCCCAAGAACUAACGGUUGAGCAACCCCCAGAGGCGAUGGACACAUCUGAAGAUGUAUCUAGUUCAAAGGUAAGAGGGAGCUCGAGUCAGCAGGAUGGAAAUGGGGACAAGUCUGGCCCGCGCAAAACAUUACCCAAAUGGUUGAAACUCCCAGGAAAGAAAUGAUUUGCAUUUUGGGCCGGGGGAGGAAAGGGAAAGGGAAAGGGACAAUCUUCAUAGCGAGCUUUUGUAUAACCGAUACGUCCAACAUAAUGAAUUCAAUCUGUUUUCUC